GCCUAAAAUGCCCGUGUGAAUUCGGUGGAAUAAAUGGCGUCCAAAGUGACUGAUGCUAUAGUCUGGUACCAGAAGAAGAUUGGYGCAUAUGAUCAACAAAUAUGGGAAAAAUCUGUAGAGCAAAGAGAAAUAAAGGGUUUGAGAAACAAACCAAAGAAAACAGGACAUGUGAAACCAGACCUCAUAGACGUUGAUCUCGUGAGAGGAUCUGCUUUUGCUAAAGCAAAACCUGAAAGUCCUUGGACAUCUCUGACCCGCAAAGGCAUUGUGAGAGUCGUGUUCUUUCCGUUCUUCUAUGGCUGGUGGCUCCAGGUGACAUCGAGGGUCAUCUUUUUCUGGCUGCUCGUUCUGUACCUGCUUCAAGUUGCUGCUGUAGUGUUAUUCUGCACAGCGCGGAGCCCCCAUAACAUCCCUCUGACUGAAGUGGUCGGGCCCGUGUGGCUCAUGCUGCUGCUCGGCACUGUGCACUGCCAGAUAGUUUCCACACGAACCCCUAAGCCCCCUCCCAGCACGGGGGGCAAAAGAAGAAGGAAAUUAAGGAGAGCAGCACAUUUGGAAGUACAUAGGGAAGGAGAUGGCUCUAGUACCACAGAUAACACGCAGGAGGGAACAGUGCAGAGCUACGGUACAAGCACCUCUUACAGUAUUGGCGCUGUCUUCAGAGAUAUCUGGCAUGCUGCUUUCUUUUUAUCAGGAUCUAAGAAAGCAAAGAACUCAAUAGAUAAAUCAACAGAGACUGACAACGGAUAUGUCUCCCUCGAUGGGAAAAAGACAGGUAAAAGCAGUGAGGAUUUUGUCCAGGCCCACGGGCAGCCCUGUGAAGUGAUUAAGCCAGAAGAGCCGGGGUGGAGCACUGCAGCAGUGAAAAACACAUUCAACAACCAUAGUCAUCACAAAGAUACUCACAGGACAGUAGCUAAUUUAUCGGAUGAAGUUUCAAGUGAGGAGGGGCCCGAAACUGGCUAUUCCCUGCGGCGCCACGUAGAGCGCACGUCCAGUGACUGCACCGUGCGCAACAGGAAAUCUCACCAUUACAAGAAACACUACCCUUUGGAGGACACAGCCAAGUCAGGGACCAGCUGCAGUUCUCGGUGCUCAAGCUCCAGACAAGACUCGGAAAGCGCCAGGCCGGAGUCGGAAACGGAGGACGUGCUGUGGGAGGACCUGCUGCACUGCGCCGAGUGCCACUCCUCCUGCAGCAGCGAGAGCGACGUGGAGAGCCCCCAGCUGAACCCCGGCGCCAAGAAGGAGUAUCGGGACGACCCCUUUCAUCAGAGUCACUUGCCCUGGAUCCAUAGUCUGAAUCCAGGACUGGAAAAGAUAAGUGCAAUCGUAUGGGAGGGUAAUGACUGCAAGAAGGCAGAUAUGUCUGUACUUGAAAUCAGUGGCAUGAUAAUGAACAGAGUGAACAACUACAUACCAGGAAUUGGUUACCAGAUUUUCGGAAAYGUCGUAUCAUUAAUCCUGGGUUUGAUGCCAUUUGUCUUUCGCCUCUCCCAAGCUAAGGAUUUGGAGCAGCUAGCUACACAUUCUGCCACUGAACUUUGUAUUAUUGCAUUUGGGUCAAAUGGAGACUUGCUGGUUCUCUCAAUGGUGGUUAUAAGUUUUGUAGUCCGCGUGUCUCUAGUGUGGAUUUUCUUUUUCCUGCUGUGUGUGGCAGAGAGGACAUACAAACAGCGACUUCUCUUUGCCAAACUCUUUGGUCAUCUAACAUCUGCCAGAAGGGCAAAGAAGUCAGAGGUUCCUCACUUCCGUUUGAAGAAAGUACAAAAUAUAAAAAUGUGGCUUUCUCUCAGGUCCUACCUAAAGCGUCGAGGUCCUCAGCGCUCCGUUGAUGUCAUAGUUUCAUCUGCCUUCCUACUGACCAUCUCAGUUGUAUUUAUCUGCUGUGCACAGCUACUUCACAUGCAUGAGAUCUUCCUUGAUUGUCACUACAAUUGGGAGCUAGUAAUUUGGUGCAUUUCACUCACUCUUUUUCUCCUAAGAUUUAUUACUCUUGGAUCUGAAACCAGUAAAAAAUACAGCAAUACCUCAAUAUUACUUACUGAGCAGAUAAACUUGUACUUGAAAAUGGAGAAAAAGCCUAAUAAGAAGGAGGAACUGACACUAGUGAACAAUGUUUUAAAACUUGCUACGAAAUUAUUGAAGGAACUGGACAGCCCCUUCAGGUUAUACGGGCUGACAAUGAACCCUCUGCUCUACAAUAUCACCCAAGUUGUCAUCCUGUCUGCUGUUUCUGGUGUCAUCAGUGACUUGCUUGGAUUUAAUCUAAAGCUCUGGAAGAUCAAAUCAUGACCAUCUAUAAGGAAGAUGAGAUAACAGUGUUACAGAAAAGCUCAUGGACUGACACAACUGCCUCAAAGCAGCCACUGAAUCUGUAUUUCAGAAGCUACAACCUCUUCGAGGAUAUUGUGUGGGAAAUUGAAGUGUUUACAUCCGACUUGUGCAAUCUUUGUAUUUAUUUCAUCUUUUUGCUGUUUUAUGUUCAUUUUAGUUGAUACUUGUAUUUUAUUUUCCAAUACGUUUGUUUAGUUUGGAAAGGGUCAGAUUUAGAAAGGGUCAAAACCCUCCUGUCUGAGAAUAUCCCCAUAAUUGAGUACACUAAAUUAUUACAUCUGUUGUUGAAGCUGAAGCCAAUGCUGAACAUUUAUAUCUUCCAUUUUUUUUAGUUAUAGUAAUGCUAUAGGGAAAUCAUUUUAUUUUGAAAUAAGUAUAUAACUUGCCUAGAACAUUUCAUUUGCACCAUUCAUUUCUGAGGACAACAUAGCAUCAUUCGAUGUUUGGUUGCAAUAGAAAGUGAAACAUAUACUAAAAUAAAGUACUGACAAUACAGUAUGACAGGUAGCAGAAAUAUUUUAUAUUGCUAUUAGAACUAAGUGGGGAAUUUUUAAUAUUUUGAGGAAUUCCAGGAUCUAAACUGAUGUAGGCUGCAGUUUAAAUAUCCUGGAGUAUUAAUAAGUAUUAUAUAACAGAUCAACAAGUGCUCUUUGAUAACACUUUUAUUAGAGCAAUAAUUGUAAAUGGUUACCAUGCUGUAUGAUAUUUUGAUAAAAUUAAAUAUUGUAUUUAUUUGAAAUACUGGGCUGUUCUGCACAGCUCUGACUGUGCAUGCUCAAUAUGUGCACUUUUUAUUGUUACUUUUAAUGAGAAACUUUAUAUAUAUACAUACAUAAUGUAUAUUAAGUGGAAUAUAUUAUGGUGAACUAUGGAGCAGUAUAUUUUAUAUCUUGAAGUUGAGUAUUUAAACAAGUGGUAACUUGCUGGAGAAGCAGCAGGCGGAUGGAUGCUCUCCUGUAGUGCACUAUAGUAUAGGCCCUUGGUACCACGUGGAAGUUUAAGAACAGAUCGAGUCAAGCCCCAAGUCCUCCUGGUGGCAGGAGCAGCAGCGAGGCCUGCAGCUCUGCCCCCCAAACACCCUCUUCCCUCCUCCAUGGGGAUCCCAGCCUCGCGCUCCCCUCUCUCCCUCUCUUCUCUCUGCCACAUGGACACGGUCCUGGAUGGGCUCCUGCUUUGUUCAGUGUGACAGAGCAGGCGUUCACGCCCACGGAGUUAAGCUGGAGCUAAGUUUGCGUUUGUAAGUUGUAUGAGGAGGGUUAACAUCACCCGGCUCAGUUAUUCUUGCGUUUUGUAUUUCUAAAUUAAUGCAGGAACUCCAAAAAUCAGUGGCUUUGUAUGGAAAAAUGCAAAAACUAAUUGGGUUUCACAAGGCUGGGUAUUGCUUCAGAUCUUUAAAAAAAAUCAAAGACGAGCAAAUGAUGUAAUGUAUCUUAAACUUAUGUGGUAUAAGAAUAUUUUUAUAUAUAAAGUAACACAAACAUUUUGUAUUUUAUUUGCCUCUGUACUAAUGUUUAAUAAUGACCAAAGUGCAUUCUAGUUUUUGAAAGAAUGUAUUCCUGGAGCUUUAAGAACAUACUAUAUUUAGUUUCUCAUGUGAAAACCUCAGCUGCAUCUGAUCUUUCUUCUUCCUCUGUGUUGUCUGAUGUUGGGAUUGUUUUUAGCAAUUGACCAUUUUAUACGCAGUUUUUUUCCAAAAGGUGGUACAGGUCUACACAGAACUUAAUUUUGCACAAAAUAUAUUUUGAGAAAAAAAAAWUGCA